AUUCAAGUUCUGGAUAGUUUGGACAAGAUAUGGCGAACAAAGGUGGUGGAUUUGCUAUCUUAGUUACAGGUUUUUCACAUAUUACAAAAACAGGCAUUAAAACAAAAUUAGUUGCCUACUUUCAGAGCAAGAAAAAAUCAGGUGGUGGAGAAUGUGAUGUUGAGAUUUUUGAAAACGGGAAUGCUGUCGUGACUUUCCAGAAAAGAGAUGCACAGAAAUCUGUCUUGGAAAGGACACAUGCCAUUACAUUUGAUGGACAAAACAUUCAACUCUCAGUAACUCAGUACAGCGGUGAGUUGAAGAAUUCUCAACAAGAUGACCCUGAAGUUUGCUCUCCAGUGAAAAACAAUUCUCCCUGUGCACCUGAAGUAACAGCUCCACCCAGAAUUGCACAGAAUGAAAGUAUUGAACAAAAUACUCUUAAUGACUCACCUCGAAUUUGUAUUAAAUUGAAAACUGAGCAAUUUGAUCAUGAUCACUUCAGUCUUUUUAUUGAAUGCUGCAGCGGCACCAACUCUUUCCAAGUUUUACACACCAAUGAAACUUCAGUUUAUAUUGUGGAGUUUAUGCAUGACAUAGAUUUGAACAAAGCUCUUCAUACUUUGAACAACAAAACAUUUUGUGGCCUGCAACUGGUUGCUAAGCAUUUGCCAAGAACACAAAGUCUCCAUGUUACUCAGUUGCCUGAGUUGAUAAGAGAGGAUUUUCUUGCUUUGUAUUUUGAACGCUUUGUAAAACAUGAUGGAUAUGUGGAGCUUCAAAUGGAUGAAUCUACACAGUCUGCAAUAAUAAUUUUUCCAAAUCCAGAAGUGAUUGAAGAUAUUCUAUCAAAAACACAUACCAUAAGAGGCCAUACUUUAAAAUUGCAUCGCUAUUAUAAAAGUGAGAAUCUAACAGAAUUUACAACUGAACAAGAAAGAGAAGACUCUAACCCAUCAAAUAAGGAUAAAGAAGAUUUGGACUCACUGACCCAGAAGAAUGAAGAUGAUGAAACUAAACUUGCAAGCAUUUUUGAAACAGAGGAAUGUCAGUUUAAAAAUAAGUAUCAUGUAUUGAUUUUGAAGAACCAGCAUCUAGAUAAAGAAUUUCCUCAUGUUCAGUUGCAUUUUGAUACAUCACAAAAUGUAGUGAAAAUUACAGGGAUGGAAAAUGAAAUUUUAAAAGUUCAACUAAAACUAUUGAACAAAGAAAACCAAAUAACCAGCAAGAUCAUCCCUUUGUCAAGACAUUUAAGAGUAUUUUUGACACAAUUAAAUGCUAAUGGUUUCCUUACACAAAUGUUUUUGGAUUCAGGAAUUAACGCAGCAUAUUCAUUUGAUGACGCUGAAGAUAAAUGCAUUUUGUAUGCAGCAUCAGAAGCAGGCCUACAAAAAGCUGACCAAAUGCUUGAGAUGACUUUUGUAGAACUGACAGUACCAAUCCCAGAAAACUUUGACAUGGACAUUGCAAAUAAUUUCAAAUUUUUCAUAGAGAAAGCCACGGCAUCUGUGAAAAGAGAACAUUUGGAAUUUAAAAAUAUCAAAGAAAACUACUUACUGCAGCACCAUAUGGAAUCAAAGACUAGUUCAGACCAGUCCCCUUGUGUCACCCUUGUUGGAUACAGGGCUAUUGCUGAAGAAAUAAAAGUACAUUUUAAAAAGUAUAUGAAUGAGAACUGCAUGAAGGAUUGUUUUAUUGAAGUAUCAUCACUGGGUGUAUUUAAGUAUAUCCAGAGGUUUGUGAAGUUUUCAGAAAUAUUACCAGGUAUAAACAUAGAUUAUGUGAACAAUGAACAAUUACUGGGACUACAGAUCAGAGUGAAUGUAAAAAAUGCAACACAAACAGAAGCUUUAAUAAUGGAUGUGUUGAAACAAGUUAAAUCGACAAAAAAGCAGCUGGACAAACCUGGUGCUGUUCAGUUUUUUUCCAAAAACAAGGAUUUUCUGAAGAAACUAGAGAAUCCUUACCAAUGCAUAAUCUUUAUGGAAAAUCAAGAAGGGCAACAAACAAAUUCUGAUAUCAAAAAACUGGAAACUAUAACAACAGUCAUGUUUCUGAACAAGUUUCAGAUAUCAGUCAUUAAGCAUGAUUUAGCAAUUCACGAGGUAGAUGUAAUUUUACUCUGGACAAAUGAGAUGCUAGAUUUUUCCACUGGAUUGUCAAAAGCAUUACUGGAGGCUGGCGGUCCUGAAUUUCAAGAUCAAGUUGAUAGACUGAGAAAUAAACUACAUGCCAUGAAAGAUGGUGCUGUGAUUACAACUGGCUCUGGAAAAUUACAAUGCAGUAUCGUCCUCCAUGCCAAGUGGACAAAAUUUGUUAGCUUAGGGGCACAAGAAGAAACAGCUUUUAAGAAGACCAUUUUGUCAGCUCUGUGUCAGGCAAAUGAUCAACUUCAUACAUCAAUUGCAAUUUCAGUGCUGAGCUCAGGAGAGUCUCCAUUCCUAUGGAUUACCGUAAAAGCCAUCAAAGAAUAUUGUGAGAAAUUUAAAAAAGCUGAUGCACAGUUGACUGAUAUCAGGCUUGUGAGUACAGAUGAUGCUUCUAUUAAAUCAAUGAAGAAAAUUGUUAAGGAGGUAAUAGAUCCUGAAUCUAAACAUUCAAAGAUGCCAGCUGUGAUGAAGUUGGCCUUCAAACGGGACAAGAAAAGCUCAUCUGCCAGUGCAGGCCUAGAACUCCAGGAAGAAACCAUCAAAAUGCAUCCCAUAUCUAAAAUGAAGCCUGAUACGACCAUACCUGAAACACAGCCAGCCAAAUCAGAUGACACAUUUGUAACAGUUGAAGGAUUAGAGGUGGUUCUGAUAACUGGAAACAUUGGAGAACAAAAGUGUGAUGUCAUUGUGAACACAGUGUCUGAUACUAUGGAUCUUUCACAAGGACCUGUAUCAAAAGCAAUUCUAAAACAGGCUGGACCUCAAUUGCAAAUAAACACAAACAACGCCAAAGGCUCAACAACAUUUCAAGCUGGAGAUGUUUUACCUGUCAGUACCAUGAAUUGUGGGUUGCAUUGCCAAGAAGUAUACAACAUAAUUUGUUGUCAGUGGAGUGCAGAUAAAGCUUUUGAAGCUGAAGAACUGCUUCGGUCAAUCAUCCAAAAAUGCCUUAAGAAUGCACAUGAAAGUCAUUACAAAUCAAUGAGUUUUCCUGCCAUUGGGACUGGAAAUUUGAAGUUUCCAAAGAAUACCGUAGCAGAAAUGUUUUUUGAGGAGAUAAAGAAAUUCAGUGUGGAAAAUCCUACAUCCACACUUAAAAGAGUGAAGUUGAUCAUAUACGAAAAGGACCUGGAUCUGUACUCGAUAUUUGAAGACGCACUGAUGAUAGCAGAAGGACUUCCACUCAAUGAGCUCUUAUUCUAUAAAGAGCUUAGAAAAGCUCAAAAAGUGCCUGAUUCACCACCAGCAAACAUGACAAGAGAGGUUGAAACUGUAAGCUCUCUUUUAUUGAUGAAUAUUGGGAAAAUUACCUUUGAACUGCGCUGUGAUGGCAUUUCAAAAAAUGGAAACGUUCUAGUGGUGGAUUAUGGUGAGAAGAAAACAGAUUUUGACACAAUAGCGAGAGGACGUGUAUAUUACAUUAAACCAAGGGGACAAGCAGACUUUACAAAGAAUUUGUUAAAAGCCUUGCAGAUGUGUGGUAACCAUCAGUAUGAUUUCUUAUAUAUCCCUAUACCGAAACAACAGGGUUCAGGAAGCCCAUCUAGAGAUAUAAGGGGAUUUGCAGCAAGCGUUAUAGAUUCCAUUUAUCAGUAUGGAGAUACACCACAAGCAACGCCAAUACAUGUGAUAGUGAAUGAUUCCUCAUCUGAUCAUGCCCGAGUAUUCCAGGAAGUGUUAUCAAAACAUCAAGCGGGAAAAAGUGGAAUUUUUAACACAGUGACAAAGUAUUUUGGGGGUUGGCUGACUGGGAAUCAGACUGAAGAUGCUAGAGAUAUACAAGAGCACUCAGUGCAGCCAGUAAAGUUUCAGAUUUACUCCAUGAAGGAAGAAAAUAUUGAAGAAGCAUGGGCUGAUAUUCAAAAACUAGCAACUAGAGAACACAUGGAGAAAAUAAUACCUGUGGAAAUAUCUUUUGAGAUGUUUACUCAAGAAGAUUAUGAUGAAAUAGAAGAGUGUUGCUCCAAAAUGCAUGUAGCUUACCAGUUAGAUAGAGCUGGUCGAAGCAUCUUUUUAUCUGGAUGUAUAACCGAUAUUUGUUCUGUUCAAGAUGUCAUUUUUAAAGUGUGCCACAACAUAGCAAAAAGAGAAGUAACAUUGCAAGAAGAACUGUUUAUUAUGGAUAAGGUGUGCUGGAAAUUCUGGUUGGAUGAUCAUUGGGAAACCUUCAAUCCAACUGUGAAUGCUUGCCUUGAAAAGGCUUACAAUGAGAAAGAAAAUGAAGUACAAGUAAAAAUAGGAGGAGGCGAUUUUUGUGUGAUUGACUUUCAAAAAUGGACAUUAACUGACUCUAAUGCAACUUCAUAUUCCAUUGAUCGUAGAUGUUCUGGAGAUGAACUUCCAGACACCUGGGAGAUCAGAGGAAAUGAUAGCACAUCCUUUGAAGUACCUGUGAAACCGGAUUCCUCAGAAUACCAGGAAAUAGCUUGUGACUUUCAGGACUCUUUGGGGGACAUAGCAUCUAGCCAAACAUUUAAAAUUGAUGCAAUCACAAGGAUCCAGAAUCUGUCUCUCUGGCGACUAUACAUUGCAAAAAGAAAUGAAAUGAACAGACUACGGCCUCAUCAGCAGAAUGAAAACAUUUUGUACCAUGGAACUUACUCAACCGUAUGUUCUAAGAUCAAUGCAGAUGGUUUCAACAGGAGCUACUGUGGCUUAAAUGCUGUUUUUUAUGGAGAAGGGACAUAUUUUGCUCAACAUGCAAGAUAUUCUGCACACGACACAUAUUCAAAACCUGAUGCAACAGGAAGCAAAUUGAUAUACAGAGCAAGAGUUUUAACUGGAGAUUAUUGCAAAGGAAAAAAAGACAUGAAGGAACCCCCACUCAAAGAUCCACAAGGAAACAGCAGAGAGCGUUACAACAGCGUAACAGAUAAAAUGGAAUCUCCUGAGGUUUUUGUGGUAUUUCAAGAUAAUCAAGCAUAUCCAGAAUACCUUAUUACCUUUCAUAAUUAAACAGAAUUCCUAAUAGUGAGCAGAAACUGAAGUAAUGUAGGUCACCUACUGAUAGGCGCUGCAGUUUGCAAUUAUUGUGCUAUUAAAACUUUUAAAGAACAUGGAUAACAUUUAUUCCUAACUUAAAGAAUGCAUUUUCUCGAAACAGGAUUAGAAAAAUCUCAAGCCUAACUUUGCAUUUAUUGGAAUUUCAAUACAGUUUGCUGCUUUGCUAUCUGCAUUGUGCAGUGACUGGUCAGAUUGCUUGAAUAAUUAAUUGAGGCUCAUUAUUUGAUUAUUAUUUUGGAGAUGAAAUGCUAGUCUUUAAGCCAAACAAUGCUUGUAGUGUGCUUGCUAAGGAUCAGGAUGUCUCAACAUUGAAGAUUUUUGAUGUGAUUAAAUCAUUUGAUCUUUCAGUUCAACAGAGAAAAAAAUUACAAAAUUAACACCAAUAUAUUGGUGAGUGAGUAAACAGCUGAUUUGUCUUCAUCUCAAAUCAAUUCAUCUUCACUGCCAAAAAAUACACAGAAGUUCUGGUCUUUCAAAUCACUUAAGUUCAAAGCAAUUAGUUACAGACAAAAAUUGCUGAAGUUAUUUUCUAUUUGAAGCCUGACCAACUCUCUCAAAGUCCAAGCUAUUCUUUAAUUUCAGCAUUCAUUAUUAGUUUAAGUGCAGAUGACAGUAGGUUUCUUCAGGGAAUUAUCAAUAGUUACACAUCAAACUAAUUUGCUCCAGGAACUUUGGUGAGAAGAUAUUCUAACUUCUGGGAGCUUGUGAAUCUGAUUGAUGAGCUGCAAAAGGCAUAAAUCUAUUACAGAACUGAGAGAAACAAGCCUUUUCUGUGAUAUGGUUAGUGGCCUUAAGUGCCAUACCACCAGUGAGGUAAAUGGAAUAAAAGGCAUAAAAGACUUGUCAUUUAAAGCACUUGUGUGUAAACUGAUUUUCCUGCUUUUAGAAUGGUGAUCUGUUCUGUGCCUGAACAUUUGAUACAAGUUUGUGUCAGUUAUCAAGCGCUGGAAACUCAGCUAUAUUUCCUCACAGCACAAAAUAACAGCAAUCUACUUCCACGGACAGAACAAUUUAGACAGGUCUAAAUAUAGAGAAGCUGCAGAGCUGGGCAGAAAGGUGGCAAAUGGAAUUCAAUGUAGCUAAGUGUGAGGUGAUUCACUUUG